UAUGUUGUAUAGUAAAAACUUCGCAUUGCCUAUAUACAGUAAUGGCUCUAGAUAGGUACUUAAUUUACGCUAGAGUUUUUGUAACAAAAUUGUCUUGUAAUGGACAUGUGCAGGCUCCAGAUGCUGUUCAGUGUUACCUGAGUUACGACAAUUGCGUGUGGCAAACCUGGAGCAGCGACCAGCUGCGCUAGUCCAAAGACAGCAAAGAUCGCAUUCCAAACCUUUAUCGAUAACCUUAUUUUUUUCUACCAGCUCCGCUCAUUGAUACCUAGUACAGAGAAUCCUGAUACGCCAACUCUACAUAGCACGCAUUUAACAAUCCGAUCGCAAUGGCCACAGAAGCACAGAACAGUCCCUUCAUAAAAAAUCUCGCUUCGAGUGACAAGAAAACGCGGGAUCAAGCGUUGAACUCGCUACGUGCAUAUCUCAGCGCGCAAACACAGCUUUCAGAGCUCGAUCUCCUCAAGUUAUGGAAAGGAUUGUUCUAUUGUUUGUGGAUGCAAGAUAAGCCACAGCUACAGAACCGCCUUUCCACCGAUCUCGCUUCUCUACCGUCGACCCUCCGUGCGAAUGUCGUUCUUCCUUUUCUUCGUGCAUUCUUCGUCACCAUUGCGCGUGAAUGGGUGAACAUCGAAGCUCUUCGUAUGGACAAGUACCUUUUUCUGGUUCGACAAUACGUGAACGCGUCGUUCAGAUGGCUGUCGAGCAAUAAAUGGAACCAUAAUCUCGUGCAGCAAUGGAACCAAUUGGUGAAGGAGAUACCGUUGAAUCCGAAGGAUAUGAAGGUGCCGAAUGGCCUGAGGUACCACGUAUUGGAUGUCUGGGUUGAUGAGUUAGAAAAAGUGGAGGAGAGUUGGGAUGGGAAGCUCGAGACGCUUGAGAAGAUUAUGGAGCCCGUGGAACAGCUGGCGAAGGAGGGUAUCUUGAAACCAGUCAGGACAGCGGCGAAAGAAUGUUUGGCCGAGGAUACUUUGAAAGCCUGGAGGGGUGAGGAGACAAAGAGCGAUGACGACCUGAGCGAUGCCGGCGAAGAGGAGGAAUGGGGCGGGAUCGAAGACUAGGCAAU